ACCUUCAGCUAGCUAGUGUAGCUAGUGGCAGGCUAGCCGUCAGGUAGCUUACCCCGUUUACAAAUAGAUAUGUGUUUUUAUGUUUACUAACAGAGGUCUGGAAUAUUGUUAUUAAAUGUCGCCCUUGUGAGGAAAGCGAAGGUGAAGUAUCGAGUGGUGGGUGAGUUGACUGCAUGGGAAAAUGUGCAAUGGAAAGACAGAGGCAACAUCGCAAGCCUGUCAGGCCCACGCUUGUUUUAAAUGGUCCUUGUGCUUGUUGCUGGCAUUAGCAGUGGUAACCAAAGGGCAAGGUUCAGGAUGCGUGAGCCCGUACAUGGUUGAAAACAGCUGGGUAAAUCACUCAGAAACCAACAGGGGCCUGUUCCCUGUUGGCACCGUGCUGCAGUACAGCUGUGAGCCUGGUUACCUGCCAGACAGCCCUAACAUUCUCACCUGCAUCUCGCCAGGACGCUGGUCCUCAGAACCUCCUCACUGCACACAGAGUAGCGGGUGUAUGAGACCCUUCAUGGAGCAGCACAUUUCUUCUAAUCUGACCGACACCAACAUCGGCGCCUUCCCCGUGGGCGCUGUGCUCCAGUACCGCUGUGAUCCGGGUUACCAGCCGGAUGGACCCACCAUCAGCAACUGCACUGCUCUGGGACAUUGGACCUCAGAACCUCCUCGAUGUAUCCGCACCGACGUAUGCCGGCCUCCAUAUCAGCCAGAGAACGGCGGCUACACCUGCCACCCCUCCCCGUGUGGAAGACUUUCUCACGGCACUGUGAUCGAGUAUUUCUGUGGCGAAGGCUACAUCCUGAAGGGAGAAUAUAAAUACCUUACCUGUCAGUACGGCACGUGGGACGGCCUCAUACAGAUCAGCUGCAUAAUGGAGCAAGAUCGCGAUGCAGCUUUACCAUUGGGGAUGCCGACUUUGUCCAUAGUGUCAUCCACAGCCAGCUCGGUGGCCCUUAUCCUGCUCCUAGUGGUUCUCUUUGUGCUUCUGCAGCCAAAACUGAAAACCUUCCAUCGACGGGAGGAGGGUUUGUCAGGCCAUCCCGUGUCCAUCAUGGUGGAAGGAGUCGAGGUGACUCUGCCCUCGUACGAGGAGGCGGUCAGCCCCGAGUCUCGCGUGCAUAUUGUGUUGUCCGAGGGACAGCCACAAGUCGCGACGCCGGAGGCUGGCCCCUCUCGGCCCUCUUCCGUCAAACAGCUUCACUCUGAGAUGGCUGUGGUGCAUCCUUUGCCGCCUUCAUCGUCCUCGUCGCCUUUGUCCUCGAGCUGGACUUUGGACGACGUCGCCACAGCUGUGCCGCAAGAGGACCACGGUCUCCCUCUGCUCGACUCGGAGGUGGACUGCUCUGAUGAUAUGCCUUUGCUGAAGGAGGCCUGAAACACAAAUGAUGUUGACUACACGACAGUGAACACACGUUUCAAAGUGGCACUGAGCUAAGCCAUGUGUCGCUCUGACCACCCCAAAGCAGAACAUAAAGGCGGUCCUGUACAUGUCCAUACUAACUGCAUUUUCCAUAGGAAUGCCUCGCACCGUUUAUGUAUGUCGAAUGUCUUUCUGAUGCCUAUGUCUUUGUGUUUUGUCUACUGGUGCUUUGAGCUCACAGCUGAGGACCGGGGUUCAAUCCCCGGCCCCGCCUGUGUGGAGUUUGCAUGUUCUCCCCGUGCCUGCGUGGGUUUUCUCCGGGCACUCCGGUUUCCUCCCACAUCCCAAAAACAUGCAUGGUAGGUUAAUUGACAACUCUUAAUUGCCCGUAGGUGUGAAUGGUUGUUUGUUUCUAUGUGCUCUGCGAUGUUGUUUGUUUCUAUGUGCCCUGCGAUUGGCUGGCACCAGUUCAGGGUAUACCCCGCCUCCUGCCCGAUGAUAGCUGGGAUAGGCUCCAGCACGCCCGCGACCCUAGUGAGGAGAAGCGGCUCAGAAAAUGGAUGGAUGGAUGGCAUCACGAAUCACCUUCCACUUAUGUAUGCAACAUGGCUGCUUGUCUAGCACUGGACCUUACUUUGCUCUUUUUAACUUUUUCACACCUUUGUCCACGAUGGCCUUAUCUUCCCACUUCUAUGCACACGUAUCCAAUAUGUACAGUAAGGACUUUCCAAAUUGAAUGUUUCUUUGCCACACUACAUAUAUGUAGCUUUGUCACCACAGAAAAUAUUAUACCCUUAAUUUAUUACUAAACGUUUAAUUUAUUGUGCUGUUGACCAGCCAUGGCUUUGUUGACACUUCUUUAACCUAUUUAAAUAAUAUAUUUUAUUUUCACUUUCACUGCCUAAGUUGCACUGUGGGCACUGUAAAAAAAAAAUAAUAAUAAUAAUAAUAAUUAAAAAAAAAAAUAAUCACUGUACACUGGUGUAAUAUCAGUGUUAAAUUUUGUUUGCCUGUUCAUUCAACUUACAUGACUGAUCUUUUGGCUUGUCGCUUUGUGAAGUUUGUAUUUUAAGAUAUGUAAGGUUUUACGUUGAUUAUGUAACAUUUUGUUACGAUCAUGUUUGAUUAAAUAUUUAAUGUGCCAGUUGCAUUAAUCUCAGUUCAUGUCUGACAACUUCUAAACAGACAAUACAUUUGUUUUUUUGUUUUUUUUUUCAUUUUACUUUUUUUUAAAACAAUUUAAAGUACAGGCCAUAACAUACAAGACCAGAGCAAGCUAAUCCCAAAACAAAAAUUCUGCCUUUACAAAGACAACCACAACCACAUAGCUUACCCUUGCAGUCUGCUUGAUUAAUGCUAAUGCUAAAAGGCAUCGACACUAUGUCCUGGUGAUAUAACCCU